AUGAUGAGCUAAUGACAAAAAGGGUCAUAUAAUAGACUAUAAUUACAUCUGUAAUGCAUAGUUAGCUCCCCAAAAUCCAUACUAUAUAAAGGGUAUUUUCUUGAAACACAGCCUGAUCGAUCAUCAUAUUUCACCAGCUGAAAAAGCAAAGCAAGCAUCUUUUGAGCCUGAAGAGAAAAAUCUGUGUUGGGGAAGAUGAUGGCUAAUGUAAAGCCUGAAACUUUGUUAGUCAGGAAUGAACUCAUCAAGAGAGCUCUCUCUGAGGCCAUGAAGGCUCACAAGUCUCCAGAAAAGCAAUUCCUGAGAAAAGCUAGUAGUUCACCCUCAGAUUCAGAAGUUAUUUACAGCUUUCCGGGAUCUUGGUCUGUCACAAGUUGGUAUGGUAACAGAACAAGACCCUUUGGAGAAAAGGAAAUUAAUCUUCAAUUAUUUCCUUCUAUGAGAAGCAUAGGCAACGAGGAAAAAGCACUAGUCAAUGAAGCUUUUGAGAGUAGAUUCCAAUCAAUAUUGGCGAAAUCAGAUCUUAAAGAUAAGGUAAAAAAUGCUGCAAGGGAGAACAAGAAAAUAGUAUUUACUGGGCAUUCUUCUGGGGGCCCAAUCGCAGUUCUAGCCACAAUCUGGUUGUUGGAAGAAAAUAGAAAACAAAACAUCAAAUUCUCAACACCUCCAUUAUGUGUCACUUUUGGAUCUCCUUUAGUAGGAAGCCAUAUCUUUGCUCAUGCUCUCCGGAGAGAGAAUUGGUCCAACUACUUCAUCCAUUUCGUUUCGAUAUUCGACAUUGCCCCUAGGGUCUUUCUUGCUCCUCUUCCCACCAAAGAAGAAGAGUUUAAAACAAUCCUCAAAUCCUUGAGUGGACAAUCACAAGGAGCACCAAACGCUUUGGUUCAAGAUUACUUCGUCGAAGUAAUGAGGAAUGUGUUGACUCUUACAAGCCAUGUUGCUUGUAAGCUCAUGGAAAGCACAAAUCUGCUGCUGGAAACCGUGACGAGCUUCAUCGAGCUAAGUCCUUACAGACCUUUUGGGGUUUAUGCCUUCUUCAAUGGGCAAGAAAAGCUUAUCACUUUGGACAACUCCAACGCUGUCUUGCAGCUCUUGUUUUACACUUGUCAGCCGAGUGUGGAGGCUGAAAUUUUGGAGAUUGCCAAAAGAAGCUUAGCAGAUCACUAUGCCUACGAAUCUACACUGCAGACCUAUCAUAAAGACUGCUUCUCAGUUGGUGAACCAAGAUCAGAUACUUACGAAAUCGACACAGUAAACAAGGCUGCGGAUGCCUUUGCACUGAGUACAAGCGGCAGAUUGUGCCUGCUCGCGGCAGGAGAGGCAGAGGUGCGAAAGAAGACAAACCUUAAAAAAACAGUUGAAUCAAAGGUAAGGGAAAUGGAAAAGGCAUUGGAAAAUAUAGAGCGUUACAAGAAUGAGUGUGAGCUUCACAAACUCGGGUACUACGAUUCCUUCAAGCUUCAAAAGAGGCAGGAGGAUUUCAAAGCCAAUAUCCAAAGGCUGGUACUAGCAGGCAUUUGGGAUGAGAUUCUUGAAUUGUUGAAAGGGUACAAACUUCCAGACGAAUUCGAGGGCCAAGCUAAGUGGAUAGAGCUAGGAACUCAACACCGCCGCCUUGUCGAGCCACUAGACAUAGCCAACUACUACAGACACCUGAAGAAUGAAGACACCGGACCAUACAUGGCAGGAGGAAGACCAAAACGUUACAAGUACCCUCAACGAUGGUACGAGCAUGACAAACAGACGAGAGAAGGUGAUUGUGGUGAGUCCUGUUUUUGGGCAGAGGUGGAGGAGCUCUGUACUCAUGGGAACGAGGAUGAUAAAGCUAAGAAGAUUCAAGAACGGGUUUUGCAAUGGAAGAAAGACAAUGUUAUUGGAAAGGAUGUAUUCUUAAGUAAUUCCACCUUUGUUAAAUGGUGGAAUACCCUUAAACCCGAAAUCAGGUCAGAUGACAUUAGGCAACUCGUCCAUGGUUCCGAAUAGACUUUCAUUAUUGUCAUGACAAAUAUAUUAUGAUCAAUGCUUUAAAUGGUUCAAAUAUAGCAAAUAAACGAGUUUGUUUCA